AGCAUGAGUGCAAGUUUAUUAAAAUUACUUUUAUAUGAUCAACCGUUUCUUGAAGGAAAAUCACUCGAUUUCUAAACACUGUUUUAAAAAACGCAGAAUUAACUGGUUUAAUGACGAAGGUUUGAGUCUGCUGUUAUGAGUCAUUGUGCCGAUGGACGUUCGUGAGUGAAGUUACAAUUGUAGAAUACAUCUUCGACAACGUGAACGAUGUUUUGUGAAAGCCAAAACUAGCAAUUGACUUCUUGUGCUGCUGGACCGUAGAUAUUGACCCAUGAGAGUUGUAGUGGUGCACAAAGACACCUCCCUGGAAUUUCAAAGAAAAAACGGGAAAGAAAAGGAGCAGGAGAUCUAAGCCUUUUGGAUACUAUGCAGACUAAAAAUAUAAAUCAGGAUAUGCAAGCAGCACAGAAUGCUAGCGAGCGUGAAAACUCCCACGUUUUGGAAAAUCAAAAAAUGGAAGACAAAAAUAUCACACCAUCGUCCACGCCAUUUUUAGAAAGAAUCGCCAGUGCGAGACACCAGUUUAGUAGUGAUCGACUAAUAUCUGAUGAUGAUGAUCAUGGCUCUGGAACAUGUUCUAAUGAAAUCAAACCAGCUUUGCCACCCAAGCCAACUAAAGUCCCUCCUCCGUACAGAGCCCCGCCGCGCCCUCCAGUGCCAGCUUUUGGAUUUAGACCAUCUACCGCGCCUCCAGAAAGAACAAGGACCAUGUCUGCUCUGCCUGGCAGUGCUGAAGAACCUGGAUAUAGUAAAGAACUAACUGUUAGUAAGCCAGUUGGCGAGAGGUUUGUAUCCCUUCAACAGAGGCUGCGCUCACUUCUGAACCACAGUCCAACAGGCAGUAACACUAAUGACCAACAGAAGCAAACACAAAGAAAAGACACAGAAGAACAGUCAACAUUAUUCAAUGGAGCAGCAAACUUAUCAACCGAAAGAGGGCUAGAUAAUCCUGGGCUGUCACUUUCCACCCACGAACUGAGAAGUAUGUCCCUUCCAGCGCGUGCUGUAAGCGAUCAGUCACGUGAAAAGCCAGAAUCAUAUUUUCCGCAGAGAGAGCCACAAGAUUUAUAUGAUCUCCAGAAUAGAGACCAGAAUCUUAGGGAAUCUCCUGAUGUCGCAAGACCACAAAUCUGUAGUGAAACUGAACCUAACAAAAGUGAAGAAAAUGCGAAUACAGAAAAUCUUCGUGAUGCCUGUUCCAAAUUAUUUGGCGGCGAAAGAACAACUUAUUGGAGUAACUGUAUCACGGCCAAUCAUACAUAUAUCAACAUGGGCCACAAUUUCAAGUCUUCAUACGAGUACGAGAAAGUUGUUCCAAAGGAGUCUAUAGGUAAACCUUGUCAAGAAAGAAAGUCCAGUUUCGAUAACGUCGCAGUGCCUCACGAGUCUUCCGCUAGAGGGAUCUUUGAACGUCUUCCAUGUAAUUCUAAAAUCGUGAAACAAUACGACACUCACUGGAACUUAGAACAUCCCUCAACAGACGGGGAAGGUUUUCGAACAAAAUCUUCCACCCUGGAUAGUUCACGUCUCUGCUUAAAAGAUACUUAUGAAAAGAGAUCUUCCACUUUGGGUGAGACUGAUCCAAAGUCGAAAUUAACAGAGGGGCGCAUGGGAAGUGCUUCUUGUUCGCCAUAUGUGAGGAUUACAGGGCUUCAAGAUAAUAAAAGAUCAUCAGAGGGACGCCUUCCUCGAGAUGAGAUGGUUACUCCAAGUGACCAGUACAAGUCAUCUUCUGAAUCCGGACGAGGCACGUUACGUAGUGGCUCUCACAGCUUGAAAAGUCCAGCUUCAGUAAAAAGUAGAACUCCUAGCGAAGGAAGUAUUCUCGACACCAGUAUUGACUCUGAUCAUAGUGCAGGAGUUGUGCGGUGGCCAAACAAAACUACGACAGCGCCACCUUACGAGGCUUCAAUAGCAACAGCGACACCGGACACAGAAGCCCUUCACUGGAGCGACAGUGUGGAAACAGAAAUGAAACAGAUAUUUAAUAAAUCUAAACCUUCAACGCUUUACAGAAAAGAAGAAGCAAUUCACGAUGUUGGCUUCAGUGCUGAUGGCACCUGUAGCGAGAGUAUGUCUGUGACACCCCCUCUACCCCCUUUAUCUCCUCCCGAUUCUCCAACGUUAACUCAAAAGAGCUCUCCACAAGUUUCACCGAAAACUAAAUACAAGUUAUCGUCAAGUGCUACAGCUUUGAACGUCACAUCUAUAACAGACUGCAGAAACAGAAAAGACCAGUUGGAAGGGAAGAACUACUGCCAUGACUUGACAGCAACUAUGACAUCAGGAAAAGGAGUUCCUGCCAAAAAAACUGGCAUUCGACGAACGGCGAGCAUCACUCAGGGAUCGUUUAAACACUGGGACACGCGCACUAAACAUGUGGCUUCCAGAUCAAUCGUAGGAAAUACAAAUGCCCACCAGAGGGCACAGCAGUAUCAACUAAACGGAAGUAAUCGACCAGCAACACAUUCUGAAGCUAUUCAAGCUGCAGCAGGAUCCAUCCACGGUUUAACAUCUUAUACAGAUCCUAUAGAUGCGGAAGUGACGUCAACGACCACAGGAUUAGACAUGGAGAGCUUACUUGAAGACCCGGACGAUUACAGUAGCGAAAUCAGCGCCACUACAAGUAAUGUGGAAAAUAACGAUGUUGGCCUAAUUCGGAAGCAGCUGGAUGGCUUGGAGACGAUGUAUUCUGAGGUUCUAAGGUUAUUAGGACUGAAACAUAACAAUAAACGGGUAUUGAACUCACGAAGUGGAGCCGCUGAUGGUCUUCGAUCCACCAGACGGCGCAUACAUGGAAGUCUAUCGUCACUUACAGGUCGUAGUUCAGUUAGUCGAGGAACGCAUAGUUUCAAAGAUAGGAGGAGUCAAGAGCAACGACGGAGGCUGAAAGAAUCGAGGAUAGGCGCACCUAACAAAAGGUUACAGAGGCUAGAGUCGCACGUUGUAACUUUAGCUCGCAGCGUGGCGCAUCUGUCGUCCGAGAUGCGUACUCAACAGGUCUUAGUGCAGGAGCUGGAAGCACUGCGGCAGGAUGUUAACUGGUUACAGGAACAGUUACGUACCAUUGAAUUAUCUGCUGGAAACGUUGUCAGUAAUUAUCCAGGAGCACGUGCUAGUAGAGGGCAGCACAGCCGAGAGAGGGAGAAGUUCCGUCGUGAUUUUCUAGAGCUGAACAAUCCCGGCAGGAUACAAAAACUAACAAAGUUUUUUGGAGAUGAGCCCCCUUUACUCCGGCAGUUUCUGAAAAAACUUGGUUACGAGAAAUAUGCUGCUAGUUUUGAAGGAGAAAAGAUUGGUAUAAUGGAGCUCCCUUACCUCACAGAGGAGCGAUUACAGAAGAUUGGUAUUCCAAUGGGACCACGCAUGCGCAUUCUCCAAGAGGCCCAAAUGUCUUUUCGCCAGGAUCAGUUUAACAUAUAUAUAGUGUAAAAUAGGUCUAAUCUCUGUUUUAUGUCAGACCUAAAAUCGUGGUUAUUACUGUAUCGGUUUACUGAAUUUCUGAGGACAGAAUUAUUUGCAGCUCUAAUCUUCACUAUUGAAAACUUUCUGUACGGUGUCUGACGUGUGGCGUAUUAACUCACGUAAUAUAUGAACUUGGAAACCACUGAUCAGCAGUAUGUUCUGUGGGCUGUGUAUUUACAUUUUGUAGACUAGAAAGUGUCAGCUCUAAGUUGAUGAGAGACGUAACACUAAAUGAUUUGUUUACUCCUCACAUGAUUUGGAGCUUACAAAUGAAUGUAAUUUUCUUUCUAAGCUCCUAAUCAAUGUAUUGCUUGUGAAUGUAAAGAAUGUGAACCUCAUUAACAACAUUAGAUGUUCAUUCAAAUUCAGAAGUCCGGGUAAAACACACACACACACACAUAUAUAUAUAUAAUAAUAAUAUUCUUUUAAUUCUCAUGGAAAUCCGGGUUUUUACCUAGUUUAUCUUAUCUUCAAUUAUUAAAAUGUACAUUACAAACAAAAUUCAUUUCCAUACUGUUUUGCUUGGCUUAAUAAAAAAUAAAAAUAGUUUUAUAUGUUGCUUUGCGGUUCCUUUGUCGUAUAGUUUCGUUUAACCACAUCACUCCAAAGUUACUGAGUCUUCACUGUUUUAACUUAGAAAAUAAAUUACUGAAAAUAUGGAUAGUUACCUCCAAGGUCUUGCAUGAUACAUCAACAAUUGUCAUUCAAUUAUGAUUUCAUUUUUCGCGGUAAUCACUUAAAACUUAAAAAAAUCUUCUGAUAUAACCACGUAUUACUUAACGAUGUAUAUAAUGUAUCAGAUAUUAAUAAAGUGAGAAGCCUGACAGAAAACUGUAUUAAUCCAAGAUUUAAGAAAUUGGUUCGUUAUUGGCUGAGGGGCAAACAACUCCAGUGGUGCAGUAACA